AUGGCUGCUUGCUUCAACUUCAAUUUGGAUUCCCUACGCGAAAUCGAAUGGGAGACCCGAAGGAAUCAUCUUGCGUCUGUGGCUUCGGGAUUCUUGGUAUGGGUGUUUUUUAAGGGUUGAUUUAAUCAUUUCUAGUUCUUCCUCGGCCUUUGGAUUUACGUUGACACGGCUGUAGUCUAUGGGAAGGAGGACUGGACCAAUGCUUACAUUGUUGUCACCAUCGCUAGUGUGGUUGGGAUGUUCAUGGUGAAUGCCGUUUCAAACCGUACAGUCCAAGGAAUCAGCUACGACGAGGGAAUUCUCGGCACUCGCGGUGAGUUCCCCUCCCCUCAUGUUUUUUUGAUGUAUCUAAGGAUAGCUUUUAAACAUUAAUUGAACUUGUUUUAGGCGCCCGUCUCUGGUUGAUGAUUGCUUUUGUUUUAUCCUUCGCAUCUUUAGUUGCUGGCCUCUGGCUGAUGUUCUCUGACUACGUCCUUAGAAAGGGUGAUCAUCCCAACUGGCCAGGCGUUGCCCUCUUCUUGAACAAUUUCCUCAUUUUCUGCGCGUCUCUGGUAUACAAAUUCGGCCGUUUGGAGGAAUUGUGGCAAUAA